AGUGGCACUAGACUGCAGCUGCUUCAGCACGUCGGAAACAUCUGCUGGAAGCUUUGUUCGGCUGAUAUGGCGAGGAUGCGAAAUGAUUACACACGAAUUCGUGAUGUUUUUUGUUAGUUUUUUUACGGUAAUCUCCUUAAUUGAGCGUCUCGGUGCGGUUACCGUAAACCUCCCAGUAGGAGCGCAGCGCGGGGUUUGCCAGCUGUGUUUGACAGUUUCCCCCAGUGGCUGAAAUAAGUGAGUUUACAGAAGGAAUCAAGAGGACAUCACAAGUUUGAUCUAUCCCAGCGGGAAUGAGCACAAAAACGCAGGAGAGCGUCUUGCUGAGUAGUUGAGGAUGAAGUCCCGGAGGGCCGGACCCCCUGACGGGGGGUACGGCUGGGUCGUGGUGGCAUCAGCCUUCUUCAUCAUGGGCCUCACUGGGGCUGUCCUCAAAAACUUCGGCCUCUUCUUCCUGGACAUCCAGAACCACUUUGGAGUCCUGACCAGCACGACCUCCUGGGUGACGUCCACAACUAUUGCUAUGUUUCAUAUAGGAGCUCCAGCAGCCAGUGCUCUGACUCUCUGGUUUUCCCAGAGAGUGGUGAUCAUGAUGGGAGGCCUGCUGUGUUGUCUGGGGAUGGUGCUGGCCUCCCUGGACCUGCCACUGCCGUGUCUCUACCUCACCCUGGGCUUCCUGGAAGGAUUGGGCAUUUCCUUCUCGUGGAUCCCUGCCAUGAGCAUGGUGAGCCACUACUUUUCCCGUUUGCGUCCCAUAGCCUAUUCCAUGGCCAGCUCGGGGGAGUGCGUCUUCGCCUUCGUAUUCAGUCCCUUCUUCAAGUGGCUCAUUGAGACGUACACCUGGCGGGGGGCGUUGCUCAUCAUCGGAGGCCUCCAGCUGAACCUUUGUGCCUGCGCGGCCCUCAUGAGACCUCUGGAGAGCGCCGAGGGUCCGACGCCAGACCGUCCAGAGGAUGAGGACGUGCUCCCGCCGAAGAGGAAGCCCAUCUUUCAGUGUUCCCUCAUUAGAAAACCUGAACUCAUCUUCUAUAUCGUGUUUGCAAUCUUCGCAGCAGCUGGGUUUUUCAUCCCCACUCUCUUCCUGGUGCCUUUUGCCAACAGUUUGGGGAUGGAUAAGUACUGGCCGGCCCUGAUCCUCUCCGUGGUGGCGGGGGCCGACCUGGCAGGGAGGUUGUUCUGCGGUUGGAUAGGCAACAUGAGGAUCCUGAGGAACCUGCAGCUGCUGACCAUCGUGGCCAUGCUGCUCGGGGUGGUGCUGCUCCUGCUACCCGUUUGCAGCCAGUUUUGGUUCAUCGUGCUCUUUUUUGCGCUCUACGGAUUCCUGUUCGGCUGCGUGGUGGCCAUUCAUGUCACCUGCAUCGUGGACAUCGUGACCCUGGAGGGAUUCGACAAUGGACUGGGGUUCUUCAUGCUCUUCAGGAGCAUCGGAGGCUUCAUCGGCCCGCCUGCUGGAGGCUGGCUGGUGGACCGGACAAACGACUACAGCUUCGCCUUCUACUUCUCGGGCUUCUGCCUCAUUUCCUCUGCGAUGUUUGUCCUUCUGGUCGACCGCCUGGUUCAGAGGAGGAAAGCCGCGGAGGCCGAAGCGAAUUGUUCAGUCAGCCGACAAGAGCAUCAGCUAACAGGAGAAGCCAUAGGAGACAGCGUUGCGUAAGAAUUAUAACAAGAAUCUGUCGGCAGGACGACGGUUUGGUUUCUGUUUGGUUUCCGUGUCGUUCGUUUCUCCUCCCGGCAGCUGGAGGAUUCACUUGUGGGACCGGUUUCAGUCACCAAGUGACACAUUUAACAAUUGUGCUUUUUUGGGGGUUGUUUGUUUGGUUUGCUGCGUGUUUGCACGUCAAAAACCUAAACUGUCAUCAAGCUGGAAAUAGACCAGAAAUCUUCAUUAACUAAGAUGAGCAAACUAUGUAUUGAUUAUGCAACAGUACACAUCUGUAAGCAGCAACGGUAUAUUGAUAUUUUCUUGUUUUAUGCGGUGAUAAGAGCAGCUAAACCCUUCCAGUAACUGUUAAUCACUCCUGCACAUCGGUUUAGGGGAAUAUAAGCUUAUUCCUUAGUGGAGAACAGUUCCCCCACUUUAACUGCUCAUUCCUGCUCUUUUUCCAACAUCUCUUUCACUCAGGGCUUUGACCAGGCCAUUCUGAAACAUGGAUGCUAUCAUGAUUGCAACCAUUUAUUGGUAUGAUUUGUGUUCUUGGAGUCAUCAGGCUUCAUAAUAUCUUUCCACUGAGAUCCAUCGAUCCAUUUUUUCUCGACUCGGUUCAUCCUGUUCGAGUUCCCCGAGCGAGACGCCUCACAGAGACGAACUCCUAGUUUAGAAUCGCCAAUCAACCCAACAGACACGUCGACACUAAGCGAACAUGCAAACGCCACAAAAGUAAAGAAAAGGCCCCAGUCAGGAGGAAUGAACGCCCUGAAAAGUCGCUGGGAUAAUUCAGAGCUAGUGCUUCUUGGGCCAGAUGCACCAAAACUACUUAAAUGGUCUUACACACAUGUGAUCAUGUUUUUUAAUGUAGGAAUACAAUUCUUCUCUUCUCCAAAGACAAAGCUUCAUAUUUAAACCAAGUAAUUGAAAUCUUAAUAUAUUGGCAUGGUAUAACCUUUUUUUUAAAGCUUGCUUUAGUUUUUUUUAAUGUUACUUUAGGUGUCUUCAAAUAUGAGUGGUCUUUCAAGGUAAACCGUUUUUAAAGAGAGGGGAACGGUCGACUUGAACAUCCACCAGUUGUUACAAUCUGUCAGAAUGUGAGUCCAAGGUUUAGGGAGACCGUUUUAACCGCCAUUCGGUGUUGAAUCGACGCCAUACGUUGCUCUGGCAACACCGUCCUGCACGUUUGAGAUGUUUCCCUGCUGGUGGAUCACCGUCAGCUCACAGGUCUAUCGUUAACUUCUAAUCUGAGCCAGAUGUAGGUGUUAGAUGUUAGUGUUGGCUGUUGGUGUUAGAUGUCAGUGUUAGUGCAGGGUGGCAUGAGACAUGCAGGGCGCUGUACGCCCAGGAACGGUGUUGGGAAAUGUUUUUAGAGGAUCCAAGCACAGUCUAUAGGUCACUGACUCUAGUUUCUAGUUUCUCCUUCAAAUACUGGAUGAUCAUUUAAAGUAAUGACCUAAUGUAACCCCUUCUUUAUCUCAUUUGUUCAUAUUGAUGUAGAAAUGUAGAACAUUUGAAGGAUUGAAACUUUUGAGCAUCACUAAACUUUUACAUUGGUUUUAUCUUCCGUCAUUUAGGACAUAACCUCAAAUGUUUGCUUUAUUCCCUCAAUAACAUGAAUGUUACUUACUGCCUCCUCUGCCUUCUGUUACAGUGAUGUGGUUUUUAUGUAAUACAGUCGUAGUAAUAUGUGCAAGUCCUACAUUUAAACUACAACGGCAAACCUCAGGGACAGUUCCCUGACCAGACCUCCUUUUACAAAAGUACCAAAACGUCUGAAGCGGCGGUUUUGCUCGGUUCAUACAUGAUUGAUAUUCCCAGGAUAUCUGGAAGGUCGAUCAGGACAGCCGUGUGGUGAUUGAUUAUAUUUCAACCAGCCGGUCAGGUUUUAAGUUGGUGAAAACAUGUCCAAAAAAUCAGUGGGGGGUUCUUAUGAGAAAAAAUGUAAUGAAGUUGCCUCCUGUGCUCAGGUUAUUCUGGUUAACAGUGUAAGCUUUGCUUUUGAGAAAGCUGGGAUGUAUUUGAAUGGAUUUAAUUGGACGUGCAUCUUUAUCAGGGAAAGGAGUUUUCCCCCAAAAAACCUUUUUAUUUGAUUUUUUUAUUAAAAAGUGUUAAAGGUAACUGAAGAUUUGCAUGAGCUAAGUCACUUAACUUGCUCCGUUUACAGCUCCAGGUUAUGACAGUUUUAAUAUCGUCACUAUUCUUUUUUUUUUUUCCAUCAGUUGAGGCAUUUACAAACCGGAUCUUUAAACAGUUUUUUUAUUAAGAUUUUUAUGAUGAUAAAAUGCCUUCAGCUACGUGAAAGCUGAGGACGCCUCCCAUGAAACCUGCUGCUUUCCUCCUGCGGUGAAGCUCCUCGGCCUGAAACUGAACACCACAUUUCUGUUGUGGAGUUUCUGCAAAUGUACAAAUUGUUCAUAUUUUAGAACUGAAGUUAUGCAACAGCAGGUUCAACUGGUUUAAACAGGGAGUUGAUCCCCGGCAGCAGAAAUGUGGGUUUUUGGGUUGUUUUUUCUCUUUUGGUACAGCUACUCUGUAAGUAGAAAGAUCUCAGAGAACACCGGUUCCAGCUUCUUGGAUAUUAAACAACUUUGACUUGACUUUCUUGACUGUGUUUUAAACUGCUGCAAAAACAGCAAUGCUCUAAAGAGCUGCACUCUCAACCGUGAUAAAGAGUAAAGGAUAUCCAUUGUUGCGUUUUGAACCCAAAGGAAAUGAGGACAUUCUCCUGAUUCGUCCAUCCAUGAGCUACACCUGCCUUUUAUUCUGCAAAAGGCUGGAGGGGGUCAAGUCUACGCCAUCUGACAUUGAGUGAUGGACGUGCAGGAAUCGGUCCAUCACAGCGCAAACGGAAACAGGCAGCCAUGCAUGCACAUGUUCAGGCAUCAUUAACCCAACAUACAUGUGUCUGCAGAGAACAUUCACACAUCUCCCACGUCCAAGCUGGUUUAUGUCACCUGUCAACCACAGCAGCAGCAUCAUCCUACACUGCACCUUUCUGGACUUGAGGAGAAACCCCAUGCAAGCAGAGAAGGACCCCAGUUUAAAAUCAAACCAGGAACCCCCUAACUCGGAUUAUUUGGCCCAAACAACACCAGCAAUAAACAAUGUUAAGUAUUUCAGGGCCUUUUUAGCCUCGUCCAGCCAUCGUGGCACUUGCAUGGGUUGUAACCAGUGCUUUAAGUGGGUCGGUACGGAGCGGUACGCAGUACCGGCACUUCUAAAUUGUACCCAUCAGCGUACCGGAAAUUAUUUACAGUGUGCGGCAUGUACAGGUACUGUUCUUCCCAGAUUCCCCAUCAGUCAGUAACUCCCCCCGAUCUCCCCAAAGUCUACAGGUUGGAUUUGUUGAUUAAGGUGUUUUGAUGCUCAAAGCUUGCCGUACAGACGUAAAGGCGCGCUUGGCC